UGGUUCUUGACUGGUGGUUUCAAUAUAAGGCUCGAGAAGAACAAUUUACACAGUAUUAUUUCGAUGGUUGAAUAAUAAAACAAAAUUUAUGUUAUGGAGUACAGUUCAGACUCAUACACAGUCGUGUACAUAUUCAAUACAAAGGUGAACUGUGUGAACUAAAUCAAUAUGGCUGAAUAAUGCAGAAUAAGUUGUCGGGGUUGUCACUGAUAUUCAAAUGGAGUCAAGUCAAGCCGUUGCCAGGGAAACUGUUGCCAAGGUCUCGUAGUCGACACUCCUCUUGUCUCCAUGACGACUGUGUGUAUUUGAUUGGAGGGAAGGAUGGGCGAGUUUCCUUGAAGGAUAUAUGGAGAUUUCAUUUAGGGACGGGAGAAUGGGAGAAAUUAGUGCUAAAGGGAGAGAAUCUGUCUUAUCUAGAGGGACACAGCCUAGUAUCCUACAAGAAGAAUCUCUUGCUGUUUGGAGGUUCUUUUGGGGACGAUGUGACAGACUCAGCUUUAUGGAUCAUCAAUCCUGAUGUCCUGCACGUGCGACAGGUCUCCUGUGAGCCCGGAUUUCCUCAGCCUUGCACUCGGCGUCAUCAUUCUGCCAUUGUAUAUGAGGGAGUAAUGUAUGUAUAUGGAGGACAUCUGGACCUCAAAGGAAGCAGCUCAGAAUUCUGGGCAUUCCAUAUAUCGGAAGAGGAAUGGGAAAUGAUAAAACCCCGUCAGAAUAAAUCGGACAUGCCUGAGGGUCGUCACGGCCACUCUGCAGUUCUUUAUGGGAGGGAUAUGUGGAUUUACGGAGGCCUGUCUGAUCUGACCCCUAAGUCUGACCUCUGGUACUACAAUUUCCAUGUUGGCAAAUGGACGCGAAUGAAGACUAGAUUUGGACCACCUGCUUUAGUAGGGCAUGCAGCAGCUGUGGUCAAAGACAACAUGAUUUUACAAGGAGGGGAACAAAAUGGAGAACUGGGAAACGACUUCUGGAUUUUUUCAUUUGGCUCUUUAAAAUGGACACACGUAGAAAUACCAAACCAAGUGCCCUCUCCGAGAAUGUGGCAUUCAUUGGAAUCAAUUACCAUAGCAACGAAAAAACCAGAGGGUUCGGUCAGGACCAGCUCAAUGCCCUACCUCCAAAACAAGCAGGGCCGGAGACAACACCUGCGGCCACGGUCAAGCCCUGCGUAUUCCUCCGCCAGAAACCGGGUCACGCCUAGGGUGGUUAACGGGCACUCAUCGUCAGAGUCUGCGAAUGUGUAUGUGUCUCCAAAGCAACAAGAUACUGUGGAGCUAAAGCCCAUCAAGUUCCAGGCAGAAUCGAUCCCAGUUGUCAUGAGGACACCGACUCCUCCGAAGAAGGAGGAGAAAUCUCCAUUACUUCUAGAGAGACACCUGUCACAGUGCAGUGACGGCAGUCAGACAAGCUUGAAGGGGACGGACAAUCUAGGGAUGGAUAUGACGGGUAGUUCGGAUGAUGUGGCGCUUCGCGACGUCACAGCAUGUCGAGAAUUCUCCGAAUCUUACGGAUAUCAUCAGAAACCUGUGGAGAGGGUGAAAUCUGUGAAGAUGCAGACAUUCAACCAUAAUGUCAUCAAUGUUUUGCCAUACCGACAGUUAGCUCAAGAGUUGGUGGUGGAAGAUUUGGAAAUUUAUGAAAAUUACUUCUCACAAUUAAGUGAAUCAAAUUUGGUGAAAUCCGAGUGUCACAGAAAUCGCUUUAUUGGCCCGAACAAAAAAUACAAAGUGAACAAAAUUGAAAUGAACAAUCUAUCAAGAAACAUGUCAUCAGGUGAUGAUGGGGAACAGGAGGGAACACUAGAUCGAUGUCGGUCAUCCUCCAUGGGGGAGUUAUCUAAAGCAAAUGUGAAAGUGUCGGAACAGCAAACAAAACUGCGCAGUUAUAGCCUUCACAAUCUAAAGAGAAACAGUCCCGUGUUGUGUUGGCAAAGCGAGAACGUUAGUGAUAAAGAUGACAGGGAUUAUGGAACAAACACAGACAUGGAGACCACUAGUUUCAGUGAGACCGUGAAGAAAGACACACCCCGGGAGAGCAGGACCAUGAAGAAGGACACGCCCCCCCGGGAGAGCAGGACUGUAAACCACACAAGGAUGCACCCGACAAAAAGGCCGAGAGAGAUGAGGGUGGAGAAUCAGGAUUUAACCCAGCCUUACCUUCUGCUGUUCGGUGGCAAGGACAUGAAGGGUGGCAGCGUACGACUAGAAUCCAUGACGGUGUGGCGAUGUGAGGUGUUUGUCAGACAUAGUGACAUAUCACACGGAGAAUUCCACAAGUCCAGUCUGAUUGUUUGAUAGGUCAGUACUGUGAACAUUCCUAUAGUGAACGAGAACAGCUUUCUUCACCAGAUUCCAAACAUAUUCUAACACCGUGCUGUGAACAUUCCUAUAGUGAACGAGAACAGCUUUCUUCAUCAGAUUCCAAACAUAUUCUAAUACCGUGCUGUGAACAUUCCUAUAGUGAACGAGAACAGCUUUCUUCAUCAGAUUCCAAACAUAUUCUAACACCGUGCUGUGAACAUUCCUAUAGUGAACGAGAACAGCUUUCUUCAUCAGAUUCGAACACCGUGCUGCGAGAAGACCACCUGCCGCUGUUUGUAUCGGCAUUCUUUUUUAUAACCGUGUAACUGUGUAUUAUAUCAUUCAUUCAUUUAUCAAGUAAAGUGAAGCUAAACAUAUAUAUAUCGCAUUAUGUACAAGAUAUGUAUAAAAUGUAUGUGUAGUUCAGGAAGCGGUAACCAUGAUGAUUCACAUAUUUUUAUUUAUUUCAUUAUUCAUGUAUCAUAUUUAUAACAAGGUUUGAAAAAUAAUCACACACAUUAAUACGACAGAGAAAUGUAGCAUUUUGAAGUUGAUUGAUCAAAUUGAUAUUAGAAUACACGUCUAAGUACGAACCUGUGUAUGAUUAUUUAUAUAAAAAAAAUCAAAGAUAAUAUAAAGGCAAACCAAAGCCUGUGAUAUAGUCCUUUAAUUCGUGAUAUUUUUGAAUGUUGACAUGUAUCACUUUAUGGGUAUUGUACAUGUGAUUGAUUUAAAGAUUUUUUUUUUUUGGUUCUUGCCAGUUAGAGUCGUGUCUUUUGAAGGACAAAAAUAUUUAUAGAAGAUUUAGAAUUCAGUAACAUUUACAAAUAUAACUUUUGACUGACGCUGUAUCUUUUUUUAAGUUACUACCUAGAUGAUAUGAUAUAUGCUAUAUAACUUUUGACUGAUGCUGUAUCUUUUUUUAAGUUACUACCUAGAUGAUAUGAUAUGCUCUAUAUAACUUUUGAUCCACACUGUAUCUUUUUUUUAGUUAACACCUAGAUGAUACGAUAUGCUCUAUAUAACUUUUGACCCACACUGUAUCUUUUUUUAGUUAAUACCUAGGUGAUAUGAUAUGUGCUAUAUGGAUGACUUGGUACAAAUUUUAUUGCAUAUCGCCAGUGCUUUUUGUGUCUCUCUUGAAAUCCACUCACUUAGCUCAGCACAGUCAUAGAGUUCAUCUUUCAUUUUAUGAGAUCAUUGUUCGUUAUCUUCACCUUCAUUUUUCAUAUGUUUGGAAUCAUCUGUUCUUAAGAAAACCUAGUUGUGGGUUUGUAGUUCUCUGGGGGGGGGGGGGGGGAAAUAUUGCGAAAAUGUUUUUCCAGAGAGCUACAGAUCUGCAAUGACCUAGAGGAAAUGAGCAAAUUACACAAAAUUGAAAAUUACAAACAUACGAACCAAACCCCUGUAGGAAAACUUCAUAAAAUUACAGAUGUACAAACCAAACCCCUGCAGCAAAACUUCUUAAAAUUACAAAUAUACAGACCAAAGCCCUGCAGGAAAACUUCAUAAGCUCGUUCACUGGUCCAGGUUAAGUAAUGAUGAACGAUAUUCUACGUUCUGUUUAUUAUGUGACAGAGAAGUUAUUGAGGCUAUAGUUACAUUGUAUUUUGACUCACUGUAAAGUUGUGUGUACUAUGGUGUAGAGACUGUAGCUCUACUGCUAUUUUUGUCAUUUUCAGCACGUUUUUGUUCACCGUUUUUGGUCGACAUGUUGAAUGUAUUUAACAGUAAAUUUAAACAUACUCUUUCCUAGCACUUAGACAGAUACUCUAAACCACUUUUUAUUUGCGUGCGAGAAAUUUUUACAAUGUUUGCAAGAAAACCAUCACGAAUAAUUCUCGCUGUGAACCAGUAAUUUAAUGUUUCUUGUAUUUGUUUAAGAUAAUCUCGGAAUAAUUCUCGCCGCGAACCAGUAAUUUAAUGUCUCUUGGAUUUGUUUAAGAUAAUCUCGGAAUAAUUCUCGCUGUGAACCAGUAAUUUAAUGUCUCUUGUAUUUGUGUAAGAUAAUCUCGGUUGCAGUACUAUUCGCCUUGAACCAGUUCAUCACUGGUCAAUCGCAAAAUAAAGUCGUCGUGAAUAAAUGUUGGAUUACAGUAUUAGUUGUAGGUUGAUAUGGAAAAUGAUACAGUGUGUGAUUUCUUAUAUUUAUGACGCUUUCAGUAAUAGCAUGCGAAAUAUACAGGAAAAAAAGGUUUAUUUGUUUUAUUCAUGAAGAUUGUAUUAUCAAUGGAAACACAAAACCUUGACAUUUCUAAUGAUUCAAAUGUGUACGACUAACUCGUAUUGACUAGUCACUACAUGACUAACUGGCCGAUAUUCAUACCACGCAAACAGAAUAUCUGUAUCUCAUUCCAAGUUUUGUAACAGAUUAUGACUAUACAAUGUUCUCUAUGCAUUUUUAUCACACAAAUACACAUGUACUUCACGUCUGUUCAAUCAUAUAUAUUUUGUCAAUCUGUCCCGGUAAAUUUUGAAGACAAUUUCUAUUAAUGUAUUUUUUUAAUCAUUUUAAAAAUUGCAAGACAAUUUUUCCAUUGAUGAAACACAUAUAUUUUCGUCAGAUAUUUUUAGUAAGAAGUGCUGGGGAUACCCUCAGUUCUUUUUAUGACAGGAACAUCGUCAGCGCUGUUGUACUCAGACCUACUAUGUUACUGGAUGAAGGCCACUGUGUAUUCAUUUCUCAAUAUAUAUAUAGUCAUAUAUUUACAUGUAUCAACCAAGUACGGUACGUUAGGUGCUAACAGUUGUAUAAACAGGGCAUUGUUGUUGGAAUGAUAUUAUUGCCUUGAAUACUUGGAUGAUAUAACAUAAUUAUUACAUGUAUGUGUACCAUCUAAGAUUUGUGUCAUUAUAUUUAUGGUAACCAUGAUAACAUGCGGAUGACUGGGCUGUGGUUUUCCAUGUCAAUGUUAUAUUUUGUGUGUGUAGAUUUCCAAUCAGCUGUUGUUGAAGGGACAUGGAAACGAUUUGAGCUGAGAAUUUGCAUUUUGAUUACUUAAUAGAAAAUAGCAUGUUUAAAACAAAUUGAGACGUGCCAAAUGCUAAAAACUGUUUAAUUGCGUCCAGAAUUAACUUGUAAAUUGAAAAAAUAUGCUCUAAACGAAACUUUACCAGUAAAUUUAACCCAUGUAAACAAAAACAUGGCACGAGCCUUGUUUACACAACAAAGAAUUGUGAGCUCUGUAUCUCCCCAUGUAUUUCGACAACUGACAUUAAAAUUUUUGCUAACCAUUAGAAAUACCUUAGUUAAGCAUUCUAUUAUGAGUAAACAUUAAAAAUGGAAAAAUAGAAUUUGAAAAUUGUCAGCUCAAGUCAUGUCCAUGCCCCUUUAAGUGUAUGUACUCUUCUUUAUUGACAGGAAAUGGAGGUUGAUCUUUUCUGUAUACAUAGCACAGUGUAAUUUUCUAAUUAAUAGAAUUCGCUAAUUACACAAUUAUAGCAGGUAAAACACAUGGUUAGAUGGGUGUUCUUGAGAUGUGAACUAAUUGUGGUUAUUUUGAUUUGCUCAUUGAAUGUGAUACCUGGAGUUCAUUCAUUAUAAAGUACAUCUGUGUAGAUUAAGAAAGCUCACUACGAAACACAUAUCAAAGCUAAUUCCCACCAUGUUUAUCUUCUUUUUUUUCUCUUGCUCAUCACCAUUACAAUUCAUCCAACAAAGAAAAUUGACUUUUUUCUUGAUAGCCAGUAGAUCUCCGGGAGUUUGUUUAAUUAUUUCACUUCUUCCGUAUUAACUUGUAGAAGAUAAAACAUUGAGUCAACUACUCUCCGUCCGUCGCUGCGUCUGACUCCGAACAAUUUCACCCAUUAUUGUAACUACAGAUGUGUUGCUGUCUGAGAAAAUAUUGGCACAGAUCAGAGAGCUACAGAUCCACUCCUUAUAAAAAAUCUUCCAUUUACGGCGCAAAAAAAAAUUGUCACGGCUGAGGCCUUAUAUCGCCGUAUUCUUGCACCAUCGUCUCAAAAGAUACUAUAAAAAAGAAUAUUAUCAUAUUUUUUCCCCACUACACUUGUGCUGAAACAUUUUUUUAAAAAUAUACAUAAAGACGCAUGCAACCCGAAAACACAGCUUCAAAUUAUUUCGUUCUGCAGUUUUUAUUGGAGAGGAAUCUUUUUAUCCGGGGAUGAUCAGAGCUUGUAAUCCGAGUUUUAAACGGAAGAAAAUGGAACGAUGCUUUCUUGCUGUUUCGGAAAUUUCUUUUAUUUUGAUAGUUUCCAAUGACGAAGAAAAAAUAAUCAGAUGGGACACCAUGUUGAAAUUAUUGGGAGUGGGGGUGGGGGUCCCGGUACUUAAUAAGUGUCUGCUCAUUUCUACGUUUUGUUAGUUUUAUUUUGAUUGUUUUUGUAUUCUGUGAUAAAUUAAUAUAUAUAUAUAUAUUGCAUAUGUUAUCAAAGAAUAUCAUUAAAGUUGUAUGAUGCUA